AUGGUCUCCUUAGUGUCAGAUCCGUCGAUCCCUAUUCCUCCGUUGGAAUCAACUAAGCUUUCGGUCAAGGAAGUCAAGGUGCUUGACUCUCAAAUCGAAGUCAAACUCCAGAUUCCCUCUACUCCGGCAGUGAUACCAGCCCCCUCUGCUCCGGCGUAUGCCGAACGGUUCAAAGCGUCUCUCAGAAACCUCAGAAAGAUAUCAGACCCGACCUAUCUCGAAGAUGGUACUCCAACUGAAGUAGUGGAGAACAUCAACGCUGCGGAUUUAAGCGUCAGGAGAUGUACAGCGGCACUCUCGCCGGCUCCGUACGGUCGCCACGUGUUCCUUUGCUACAAGUGGCUUCCUCGCGUCGAAUCCGAAGGUCUUCCGCAUCGUUUCGCUAAAUCGUUCAAGGAUCGGAGAGCUGAUUUCGCUGUUGAGACGAAGCUGACGGUGUGUGGUGAAUCGGAUGGAGAUGUGUUGGUUUUCCCGGAUAUGAUCAGAUACAAAUACUACCCUGUUCGAGGUGCCUUAGAAACUCUUCUUGGCGCUCUAACGCCAAUCGAUCAUGCAAGGGCACAGAAGACUGAAGUCCAUGCGGCUCUCAUGAAUUCCGAUUUGCUCUCCCGCGGAGCUGAAAAUAUCACUCCUCUUUUGAGUUUGCUGGCGGAAGAAGAUUUUUAUGUUCGAUAUUACACUCUCCAGAUUUUGACAGCUCUUCUGAUGAACUCUCAAAACAGAUUGCAGGAAGCUAUUUUGACUACUCCUCGCGGCAUAACUCGGCUCAUGGAUAUGCUGAUGGAUAGGGAGGUAAUCCGGAACGAGGUUUUUUUGCUUCUUACGCACUUGACCCGUGAAGCAGAGGAGAUCCAAAAAAUUGUUGUCUUUGAAGGUGCAUUUGAAAAGAGUAGCGUCAUCAAGGAGGAAGGGGGUUCAGAUGGCGAUGUGGUUGUGCAGGACUGUCUGGAGUUGUUGAAAAAUCUUCUUCGCAACAGUUCAUCAAACCAGAUACUACUAAGGGAGACCAUGGGUUUUGAACCAAUCAUUUCAGUUCUAGAUCAUCGAACUGUUAAUCUACUUUGUGCACUGGAGACAAUCAAUAUGCACAUAGGAGGUGCAGUUACGGACCCUGGAAAAGAUUCAAACAAGCUGGCAAAUAGAACGGUUUUAGUUCAGAAAAAACUGUUAGACCACCUCCUGAUGUUGGGCGUUGAAAGCCAAUGGUCGCCUGUUGCUGUUCGGUGCAUGACAUUUAAAUGCAUUGGAGAUCUGGUUGAUGGUCAUCCCAAGAACCGUGAUAUCUUGGCUAGCAAAGUUCUUGGUGAAGAUCGACAAGCAGAACCUGCACUCAAUUCUAUUCUCCGGAUCAUCUUACAGACAUCUAGUAGUCAAGAGUUUGUUGCUGCGGAUUAUGUCUUCAAGACCUUCUGUGAGAAAAAUCGGGACGGUCAAGCAAUGUUAGCUUCAACUUUAGUACGAGAUCCUCUAGAAGAUGAUGUUAACAUGUCAUUUGGAAGUAUGUUAUUACGAGGCAUUUGCUCUGGUGAAACUGAUGGUUAUCUUGAGACAUGUUGCAGAGCUGCGAGCAUUCUUUCUCAUGUUGUGAAGGACAACAUUCAGUGCAAGAAAAAGGCUUUGAAAAUAGUACUCGAAUCACAUGUGCCUUCCAUGGGAACUCCAGAGCCUCUCUUUCAGAGGAUUGUCAGCUUCAUCUUCUCUUCUUCCUCCGAGGGGCCUCGAGAGGAUCAUGAACCGUUGACGAGAACAGCCACGCCUAGCGAAGCCGAGAUUGAGGAUGUUGACGUGGCAGGUGCGAUGGAUAAGGGGAACGAGGAUCACCCGAUGCUCAUAUCGUUGUUUGAUCCUAGCUUCACAGGCUUAGUGAAGAGCCUUGAAGGUAGCACUCAAGAAAGGCGGCCCUG